AUGGAUCUGCAAACACACAGUGAGAAAACCACGAAAGAGACCGGGGGUGGAGAUGAAGAGACAAAGCUACUAACAGGGAAUGUACAAGCCAAAGAACGUGAAUCUCAACCAUCGGUGGAAAAAGAAGUCAUUGUGGAAAUGGUCAGUCAUACAACAAAGCCUCUGAUUUAUAAAAUAUCAGAGAUUCCACCCGUAUCUCUUCUAUUGCUGUUUGCAAUGCAGCAAAGUCUCCUGGCUAUAGCCAAUCCUUUGAGCAAUGCUGUCAUAGUGGCAGAGGUGGUGUGUGCCAGCAACGAUGACGCUAUCAAAGCUAAACUCCUUAGUGCCACUUUGCUUAUGACUGGUCUGGCCACCUUUCUGAUGCCGACUAUUGGAGUCAGGCUACCCAUAUUUCAAGGACCAGCGGCCAGUUACAUGGUGCCCCUGGUCAGCUUGAUGACGUUAGCUGAAUGGAAGUGUCCACCAACUUUUGAAGGAAUAGAUCCAGAAACUAACAAGACUGUUAUGUUAACAACUCUAGGCAAUGGAACAAUGGUACCCAUGACGGAAAUAAUUCUAUAUAAAAUCAGUCAGUUGUCUGGAAGCUUGAUGGCUGCUGGUGCUUUGCAUUUUCUGUUUGGUUUGACUGGAUUUGUUGGUAUAAUCAUAAGGUAUGUGGGCCCUGUAACUGUUGUGCCCACUGUGAUUCUUGUUGGACUUCAGGUGAAAACAGUGGCAGUCAAAUUCUCUGAGACAAACUGGACUGUCGCAGUAAUAACUGCCGGUAGCAGCCUGUUGUUUUCCCUGUUCUUGGCUAACCGUAAGACACCCAUUCCACUGUGGACUAGAAAACAGGGCUUCCAUAUUUUGUGGUACCCAUUUCACCAAGUGUUCUCGAUUUUACUGGGAAUUCUUAUCGGCUGGGCAGUCAGUGCUAUCAUGACUGAGUUUGGAGCUCUGUCGGAUGACCCUCGGAGCAAAAGCUUCAUGGCUAGGACAGAUGCUCGAUCACACGUCAUCAAAGACAGCGGCUGGUUAAUAAUGCCUUAUCCAGGUAUGUUUGGAAUGGCCACUUUUAGCAUCGGAGGUUUUGUCAGCUUCUUUGUGGCCACGAUUCUAUCAGUGCUGGAUUCAAUUGGAGAUUACAGCGCCUGUGCUCGGACUGCACGGGUUCCGCCUCCACCAGCGUUUGCCUUCAAUAGAGGAAUUGCCAUUGAAGGUCUCGUGAGUUUCCUGGGAGGAACGCUGGGUUGUUGCCAUGCAACCUCGUCUUAUGGGGGUAACAUUGGUGCCAUGGGGAUUACAAGGGUGAUGAGCCGCAGUGUUUUUCAGUUGGCAGGCAUCAUUUACAUUAUAUUUGCAGUCUGUGGCAAAUUUGGUGCCAUUUUUGUAUCCAUCCCUUACCCUGUUCUUGGUGGUACUAAUAUUGUUAUUAUGGGCAUUUUCAUCGGCGUGAUCCUUUCCUACUUGCAGGUAUGUGAAAAAACAGCUGUCAGUUUUAGGGUCUUCUUUAUACUGCUAUUUAUUCUUUCAGGAAAUGCUUCCAUCGAUUCAUCGCUCAAAAUGCUGCUGUCCAACACAUCAUUUGUAGGAGGUGCAUUUUCUUUUCUUAUGGACAACACAGCCCCAGGCACACUGAAAGAGCGAGGUCUCCAACAUCAGCUCGAUGAGACCAGUAGCAGCACUACAAAGACCAGUCGACAGUAUGUUGAAGGGCUUGAGGUCUAUGAACUGCCAUUUAUCCCAGACAGCUUUCGAAGAUCAAAGAUCGCCAAGUAUAUUCCGGUUAUCAGGCACUUAGAAAAUUAA